GACGAACCUAUCACAUGGUAUCGUUUGCAGUUGCUACCUUAGCCAAUUGACUCCAUUUUCAUUGCAUCUAUUCUUUAAUGAUAUCUCUCAACCGCCCUUUUCUUAUUAUAAUCGCAGCUUUUUCUUCAGCUGUUUGACUUCUGAAUAAUGUAUCUCAAGAACUCCAAACACAUUUGCCUAAUUUACCUCUUUUUCACACUACUGUUAUUAUUAUAUGGGGACAACCAGAAUCCAACCAAAACCCACCAAUCAAGUUACCUCAGCUCAUCAUUUCACAUCAUAUCCACUCUUUUUCUAUCUCUCUAGGUGUAUAUUUUAGAGAGAGGUAGAUUGGAGUAGCAUCAGAUUCUUAAUUGGGACAAGACACAACCAACAUCAAAGAAUAUAACUUUCUCUAGGCUUCAGUUGAGCUGCAGUUCAGGAAGCAAAGUCAAAAAGGCCGAGCAAAAUGGUGGGAAUUUUCUCAAGAUUUUCUGUCAGUAAAGUUGGCCAUCGUCGGUCUCAAAGUGCCCUUGACGAGAGGGAAGUAUUGCCCCCUAACUUAGAGGCAACAGGGGCAGUUACCCUUGCAGGGGCAACCUCUGCUACCACCCAUGGGAUUGAAAUUGCCGUUGAAUUUAAGCCGGUAGAACAUCCAAUUGAACCUCAUGACAAUGAUCGACCAAUUCAAUGUCCAUUGCCAGAGCCUUCAAUUCUUAAUAUGAACCACAGUCAAAUACACUUUUUAGCAGUCUGUUUCAUCACUAUACGUGUCAUGGAUCCUCUUUUUGGUAUGUACAGAUUAGGAUGGAGAAUAUGGAAGGAGCGAGUGUCUGCUGGAGCACGGAGGUCUGACCUGCCAGUUAUGCAAGAAGGGACUGCCAUAGAACCAGAGACCACUGGACCUAAGCCUCGGCCCCCUCCCCACCGUGUGAUUUUGCCAUCUAUCAGUGCCCCUGAGCAUAACAUCCUUAAGUUGCUUGAAGAAUCUGGAAUAUAGAAUUACAUGGUCAAUAUCUGAGCAUAACAUCCAGCAGUGCCCCGAGCAGAACAUCCUUAAGUUGCUUGAAGAAUCUGUAAUAUAGAAUUACAUGGUCAAUAUCUGUUGUUGCAAUCUGCACAGAACCUCACUCUUUUCUGUUUUAUUUAUUUGUCUUCUAUAAAAUUUUCCUUUCUCCUCCUCCAGUUCCAGCUUUGUCUGAAAUGAUGUACAAGGAAACAAAAUUUUCACCAUAUGCAUGUACAUACACCGAUUUCAAAUUAUUCAUGUUUAUCAUUCAGAAAAUACAGUUAUUCCCAUUUACCUGUAAUAUUUUGCUUGUAACUGCUGUUACUCUGAUAGUUGGGCCAAUUGUUUCUUUCAUCCA